AUGGCGUCCGCAGACAGUUCAAGUGACAGUAGUGCUGCUAUGCCUUCCAAGAACAGUGAUGGUACAGGUAUAAAGCGUAAACACAAGUCUAUAUCGGUGCAGGCAAAAGUUGAGAUAUUACGAAAACUGGACCGCGGUGUUUCAGUGAAGAAGCUGUGUGAUACAUACGGUCUUGGUUCCUCAACAGUGUAUGACAUAAAAAAACACAGGGAGAAAAUAUUACAGUUCUUUGCAGAAAGUCAAUCUAAGAAGCAAAUGAGCAUUAGGAAAACUAUGAAAUCUGGUAAAAGCACUGAGCUUGAUCGAGUGUUGUUGGAAUGGUUUCGACAACGUCGGAGUGAUGGUGUAGACUUGUCAGGCAUCAUGGUACAGGAACAAGCUAAGUUGUAUCAUAAAGCACUAAAACUUGACUAUGAGUGUGAUUACAGUGAAGGAUGGCUGCAUAGGUUUAAGUCACGUCAUGGAAUUUCGAUGCGCAAAGUGUGUGGUGAAAAACGGUCUGCAAACCAUGAAGCAGCUGAUGACUAUGUGGAUGAGUUUGCAAAGCUUGUGGCUGAUGAAAACCUCUCCCCCCAGCAAGUUUAUAAUGCCGAUGAAACUGCACUGUAUUGGCGAUGUACCCCUAGGAAAACUUUAUCAAUGGAGGAUGAAGAAGCCCCCACAGGGUUUAAACAAUCUAAGGACAGAGUUACUGUCCUAGGUUGCUCCAAUGCUGCCGGAACUCACCGAUGCAAGCCACUAGUGAUCGGAAAAAGUAAAUGCCCUAGGGCUUUAAAAGGUGUUAAAGUGUAUCCUGUAAUUUAUCGUGCAAAUAAAAAUGGAUGGAUUACCACCGAGUUAAUGCUAGAGUGGUUUGAAAAGUAUUUUGUGGCAGAAGCCAGAGCACACUGCACAUCUGUAGGCCUAUCAGAGGACUGCAAAAUCCUUCUUAUUCUGGACAACUGUUCAGCUCACCCUAGAGCUGAACUGCUGCGCAAGAAUAACGUGUUUACAGCAUACUUACCACCAAACUGUACAUCUCUUAUCCAACCACAAGAUCAAGGAAUAUUGCGCUCUAUGAAGGCCAAGUAUCGUACACUUUUCAUGAAACGCAUGCUAGAUGUGGUGAAUUCAGGCAAGCCUAUUGAGUCGUUUAUCAAAGACUUUAACAUGAAAGAUGUACUUUGGUUUGUUGCUAGUGCCUGGGAGAAUGUAAAUUCGUUAACACUAAAGAAUGGUUGGCAUAAGUUGUGGCCUGCCAUGGUGUUUGAAAAUGCACCUGAUGAAGAUCCCAGUAUUGCCUUCACAGGAUUUCGUGUAGCAAAUGAUGAUGAAUGUGUUCUUGAGUUACUUGAAUAUGCAAAAACUUGUACUGCAACUGCUGCCAACAACCUAUCAAGUAGGCUGAACGAAGAAAAUCUGGCAGAGUGGAUGGAGGUUGACGUUGAAACACCUGUUUGUGCGUCACUGUACUGA